GUGUGUUUAUAACUGUCAUCGUGCCGAUUGAACACAAUGAUGAAAUGUUUAUGGUGAUUAUUUUGAAGCCAAUAAGAAUUUGAAAUUUAUAAAAAAUCAGAAAAGAAUGGAAGUUCAAUUUACGGAGGAGUCAGUGAAGUUUCCACAGAAGAACUUUGAGUAUCUCGACCACACUGCAGAUGUACAACUUCAUGCAUGGGGAACGUCACUCAAAGAAGCCUUUGAACAAUGCGGCAUGGCAAUGUUCGGUUACAUGACAUCACUGGAGUACGUACAAAUUAGGCACUGUUAUCAAAUUGAGGCGUCCGGCGACGAUUUGGAAGGAUUACUAUUCCAUUUUCUCGAUGAGCUUUUGUUUCUCUUUUCGUGCGAACCAUAUUUGAUCUGCUCAAGUUUGGAUAUCACAAAAUUUGAUUUGGACAAUUUUACGAUUGAAUGUAAAUGCUACGGCGAACCAUUUGAAAUUGGCAAACAUCCACAGGGAACGGAAGUGAAAGCGAUCACAUAUUCGGCGAUGCAAAUCGUACAGAAACCGGAGGAGAACAAGUAUGAAUUGUUUGUUAUUAUUGAUAUUUGAAUGGAUUUGGGAAAUAAAUUCACCUAACGAUGAUUGUUAUCGAUUAUGUGAUGUAUGUUCUGAAGGUACCAAAAAUUUAUUUUCCCUUUAAA